AGAAUUUAGUGUUCUUUUCUUUCUUGUAGAGAUGAAUGAAGCAAAUACGAUUGGCUUUGAAAUAGGCCAUGACAAUGAACUUCAACUUGUCAAGAAGUUCAAAUCGUUUCAAAGACAAUAUCUCACUGUAUAUCUUACAGUUAUGGGUGCGGAUUGGCUUCAGGGACCUUAUCUUUAUAAACUCUAUAACUCUUAUGGACUUGAACUGACACAAAUAGCCAUGUUGUUUCUGACUGGUUUUGUCAGUGGAGCAUUUGCUGGAACUGCAGUAGGCAGUCUUGCAGAUACAUGGGGCCGUAAGCGUAUCUGUAAUGUGUUUUGCUUUACUAUCUUGACUGCACUUUCACUUCGCAUGAUAAACAUCUACAUGUUUUUGUUUUGUUCGCAUGUAUUGUCGGGUGUAUCCACAGCUUUACUUUAUAGUGUGUUUGAAUCAUGGUAUGUAUCAGAACAUACAAGUCGUGGAUUUCCUUCCGAAUGGCGUACACGCACGUUUGCUUUGGGUACGUUGUUGAAUAGUGUUGUUGCUAUUUUAGCUGGUAUCUUAGCCAAUGCACUUGUCGAUCUUUGGGGAUUUCGAGCUCCGUAUAUUGCAUCUAUGUCUUUAGUAUGUUUUGUAGCUACUAUGGUUAGCUCUACUUGGACUGAGAACUAUGGCAACCAUCAGAUUAAAGUUAGUCUACAUAGAACACUCAUGGCUGGAUUAAAAACCAUGUUGAAAAGCAAAGACAUUAUCAUCAUUGGUUUAGCUCAGACACUUUUUGAAUGCUCCAUGUAUAUCUUUGUGUUGUUGUAUAUUCCAGCUGUUGAAGAUACCAUAUCAAACGUGACAGAUGUUGAUAUUGAAAACGUACCUUUAGGCUACCUCUUUUCUACCAUGAUGUUGGCUGUUAUGGUCGGUUCUUUAUUUUUUCAAACGAUGGAAAGACAAGCAAAAUCAGGGUCUCGGUUUUUCAUACAAUUCACGGAGGAUCGUUUACUCUCUAUUGCACUUGGACUAGCUUCAUGUGCAUUUAUGUCCAUGGCAUAUCAUCAAAAUGUCUCUGCAACUGUUUUAAUAGUCGCUUACCAUGUAUUUGAAUUUACAACUGGUCUAUACUAUCCCUCUAUUUCUUCUCUUAAGGCUGAUGCGAUACCAGAAGAAACAAGAGCUGCUGUCAUGACUUUACUUCGAAUUCCAAUGAAUCUCGCUGUAGGUGUUGUUAUGUGGCAUGUUCAAGACAUGUCCCAUGCUGUCUUGUUCUCUAUCUGUGGCAUGAUGACAUCCAUUGGUUGUUUCUUGGUUGGUGCAUUGUAUCAUUAUUAAGCCUCAUAUCCAUUUGUACAUAUACAUAUACA